AGGCCAAGACCACAACAACCUCUUCCACUUCGACCACUUCCACGGCCGCGACCACAACGAUGGCAUCCACCACCACGAAAACUCCGAUUCCUCUGAAGCUUCCGGCGAAGAUGCGGGCCGUGGUGGCGCCUCCAAGCCGCUUCCCCGAGGACGGCGCAGCGAUCAGCUGGCGCCAGACGACGCGCUCAAGCACCACAGCACCUGCCGCGCCGGUGUUCUCGACCCCGAUGCCAAAAAGCUCCCUGAAGAUCCCGGCGAACAUGCAGCCUGCGGGCGGGUCUUCUAGCCGCUUCCCAGAGGACACCUAUGCCGCAAGCUGGCGGGGCAAGGACAGCGCAGUCCUGAUCCUUUCGGAGCCAGCAUGCCAGCGGCCUCUGUGCCAGCUGGCUCUGUGCCGGCGGCCUCUCUGCCGGCUGGCUCAGUGCCGGCGGCCUCUGUGCCCCCUGGCUUUGUCCCAGCGACAACUGUGCCGGCGGCCUCUCUUCCGGCGGGCUCUGUGCCGGCGGGCUCUGUGCCGGCGGCAACUGUGCCGGCGGCAACUGUGCCGGCGGCAACUGUGCCGGCGGCAACUGUGCCGGCGGGCUCCCUGUCAGGCGAGGAGCUUCAGAAGCUCCAGCAGGUCUUCGACUGGUACAAGGCCCAGGCGGACGCGCAAGACGUGGCCCCGCAGGCGACCAGCUUGCCGCCGAGAGAGAAGACCACAGAGACGACGGAGAAGGAGACGGAGACGACGACGGAGACGGAGACGACGACGGUGACGGAGACGGAGAGGGAGGUCUUCAGAUCGAGCCAGUCUGUCGAAGAUGCCAAGCUGCCCUUCUCGGAGCCGGCAAGGCCGGUGAACCGCAGCAUGCGCGUGGUCUCCUCCGAGUCUCCGCAGGAGCCGACGGAGGACGACAUCGCCAGGAGUUUGAACCUCACAGGCUGGCAAGGACGAGUGGAGGUGGUGACGCGCGCUGACGGCAGCAUCGAAAAGACCACCACAGAAGGCUCGAACGAGGAGGCGGAGGAGGACUCUUCCACGACCUUCAUGGUGCCCAUCCGGCCGCACGGGGCGUCCGACUCCGAGUCCGGCUCCGAGUCCCCGUCGGACGAGUCCCCGCAGGACGUGGUGAAAAAGAUUCUGCACGAUGUGCCGCCCAAAGACCUGCCGUCGCUGGUGGCCCACGCGGUGGCGAAGGUCACGAAGCGCAACUGGCGGGAGGAGCUGCCGCGGGCCGCGGCGCUGGCGGUGGUGCGCCUGGUGGUGGAGACCCCGCUCAAGGACUUGCCCGACGCCAUCGUCGAGGCCGUGGUGGAGGUGUUGGAGCGCGCCGAUCCCCCGGUGGAGGACGUCACGGCGCAGGCGGUGGACGCGCUGCAGGACAUGCUGCGCAGCUACCAGGCGGGGGAGAUGGACUCCGUGUCUCAGGUCGUGGAUGAGGCCCUGGAGAGCCACAUCCUGGGCAAGGAGCCGGCGGAGCCUAAAGCAGCAGACCAGAAAGAGCGAGAGAGCCAAAAGGAUUUGAUGAAGGUGAUCGCGAACAUCGCGGCGGAGCACGGGAGCCCGCCGCAGGCGUCCAACCCGAAGAUGGACCUUCAAAACCACCUGCCGAAGGCUGGAGCUGAUGAGACUGACGAUGUGCACAGCGAGGCAGAUGUGGACCAGGAAAGCACUGACAGUACGGGCGGAAAGGAGAAGGGCGCGGUCGAGAAGGGCAAACCAGUUCAGCACGGAAGCACGACGCCCAAGGCUGGAGACGCCGCGGAAGAGGAUGCUGGCACCACCAACAGCGCAGAUCCAGAGGCAAGCCAGGGACAAACUGUCCAAGAAGGCUUGGAUAGUGAAGAGGAGAAGGGCCAACGUCAAGGCAAAGCAAAGGCAAGCCAGGAAGAAACUGUCCAAGAAGGCUUCGAUAGUGAAGAGGAGAAGGGCCAAAGUCAAGGCAAAGCAAAGGCAAGCCAGGAAGAAACUGUCCAAGAAGGCUUCGAUAGUGAAGAGGAGAAGGGCCAAAGUCAAGGCAAAGCAAAGGCAGAAACUGACCUGGAAGGCGCUGAUAGUGAAGAGGGUGGCAAGGAGAAGGGCGAGACUGUCGAGGAAGGCAAACCAGUUCACCAGCACGGCCAAAGCACAACGCCAGAGGCUGGAGACACCACGGAAGAGGAGUCUAGCACCACGGAAGAGGAUGUUGGCACCAGCCCGGAUCAAGAGGCAGAUGCCAACCAGGAGAGUGGUGACAGUCACGUGAUGAGCGCGGCAAAGACGGCAGUGGUGCAUUCGGCAAAGACGGCAGUGGAGCAUGCUGGUAGCCAUAGCGUGACGGCAGAGGCCGGAGAGUCUCCGGGCACCGAGGAGGACGACGCGGAGGCGGAGAGCCCGGCCAAAAGCGGAGGAAAGGUCUUGAUGGCGCUCGCGGUGUUUCUCGGGAGCCUGCUCAUGGCCGUGGCCAUCGGCUCGGCCAUCUACAUGGCCCACCAGCGCCAGACCCGACCCGAGCGCCAGGGCCUGGCCCAGGCGGGGUGCCAGCUCCGGCGCGCCGCCCGGAGAGGCGGCGGCCGCUCCAGCCGCGGCCGGAGCCGCAGCUUCCGCUGCGGCGCCUGCGGCGAGUGCGGCCAGUGAUGCGCCGGCCGAUGCGCAGGCUCCGACCUUUUCUGGGGCUGAUGAGCCAGAGCAGGCUGCCUCUUCUUGAAGGGAUCAAUCGCUUCCAACGUGCCGAACUCAACCUCAAACAAUCGAAUAUAUAUUUUAAGAAUUGAACAUUAAAAUACUGGAAACAUG